AUCAUAUAAGUUUUAGGAAUAAUUGAUUAAAAACUGUAAAAACAUUAUUAUAACCUGAAAAUGGAACUCAAAGACAAAUAAAGUUAACUAAUGAGCUUUGCUUUUUCCAUCACAAAGCUAACCAACCCAACAAAAGCCCACCAAUCUCUCUCUCUCUCUCUCUCGCCGUUACUCUCUGCUCUGCCGCCGGCAUUCUCUCCGGUACGUCUCUCAGAUCCAUCCGGGAUUUGGAGUUUGUGUACAAAAAGACUGUUGUUGGAAUGUGCAAAUGAGACAAUAUUGGAAAUGUUAUUUGCAGCAGAAGGAGGAGGAUUCUUCUCUUCAUCAGCUUCUGGUUAUAGCAAUGGUUUAGCUCUUCUUCUAUUAGGUCAAAAGACUGAACAAAAACCAAUCAAAGUUUCAUCACAAUGGAACCAUUAUCAUUUAGUUCUUGAAGAUUCUGAUACCGGGUUUCGGUUAGAUUCGUCUAAGAAUUGGCUCUCUUCUGCUUGCACUUCUCUCAUAUGUUUUGGUCGAAAAUCCGAAAGACUGGAAAGCGAGGGGAAGAAAGAUGAGGCACCGAGUGUGGAGGACUAUAAUAACUGUGAAGUCACUAAUAGGUUUGCACUUAAAAGCAGCUUGAAGAAAAGAUCGUUUAGUGAUGUUGUGAUUGGUGAUGAUGAUGUGAGUAGAGAUGGUGUGGUGGAUCAUAUAGAUAGAAGGAAAGUGCAGUGGCCUGAUACAUGUGGUAUUGAGAUUGCUGAGGUCAGAGAAUUUGAGCCUAGUGAAGUUGAUGAAUCAGAAGAUGAGUUUCAUCAUGGAAGUGGAAAAAGCUGUAUGUGCACAAUCAUGUGACCCAUUGGAAGUUAAAAAUUGUUUGCAGACAAAGGGCUUUUCAUAUAGUUGAUGUAGCUGCUCUCUUAUCAUGUGCACCUUUGUUAUUAUAUAUAGAAAGAGAGAGGGAGAAGGAUUUGCAAAAGAUUGGAUAAGAAGAAGAGGAACUUUUGGAUGUGUACUUUUGUAGCCACUUGAUUUGUCAAUUUUGUGCUGUAUUUUAGAUUAUUCUUUGUAUUACAUCUCUAUGCUACUCUGUCCUGUAAUGAUAAAAUCCACACCACAACUUUUGGAAAAGAAAAUCCAAUUAAAAAAAUGCUGGAAUUUUGAACUGAACCGAGAUUUUGUUUUUGGUUCGGUUUCGGUUAUUUUGGUAACAACAAUCGGC